CCGCCUAAGGUAUUUUGGGGCCUUAAGCGAAACUUUUAAAUUGAGCUUUUUUUACUGUUUAAAUAUUUACUUUAUAUUAUUAACUUUAUAUAAAAUAUUUUUAUUUAAAUUUUAUUUUUCUUGCUUGUUAAGAUGCAAAAUUAUAAAUUAAGUUUUUGUAUUCAACUUCUUUUAAAAUAUUCUUUUUAAUUGAUAAUAAUUGCAAUUAUUUCAUUGUUAUCUUCUUACUCUGUUUUAUAAAUUUAUUGUUCAUUUGUAAGAUUUUUAACUGAAUUUUUAGUUAUAUUUUUUUAUUGCUAGUGACAAAUUAAUCUAGAGAUCUGUUCUGAGAUUUGAUUUAAAAAGUUUUUUAAAUUUUUUUAUGCCAAAUUCACAGAUUUAUUUAAUAAAAUCAAAUAGAAUAAAUACUUUUCAAAAAAUAAAGAUUAAAUAACGUCUAAUUGGACCAAGAAACAACGAAUUAAGUAGCUAGUGUUAGACUAUUCUUUAUAUUUUAAAAUAAGAAUUUAUGAAUUAAAAAAAAUAAAAAAGAACAAAAUGAUAAAUCUAGAAGAGCGUAGUCACUGUAAUACAACCACUAGAGGAGUCUUUACUCUUUACCAAACAUUUGCCUCAAAAACCCAGAGAACCUCUACCGUGUUCUUUAAAAAGCAAAAAAAAAAUUGUCUUCUUUCUCCCAUUCUUUUCUAAAUAACCCAGAGAAAGUAAAAUAAGAAAGCUAUGUCACAAAAAGGUAAAAUAUUGGCUUUGUUUUACUUCUUCAAGGGACUGUCGAUUGCCGAGGGAGCUGCUUGUAACUGACUACCAUUUUAGGUAGAGACGGAAGAUCUAGCGGCAAUUUUUGAUUAUCUGGGAGAAUAUUUCAACCUCUUUAGGUAUUCAGUUUUAGUUUAGGAGUUUUGGAGAGAUUGAGAGAGUUUGGUCUAUGUUUUUACUUUUUAGUGUGUCAAGGAGACUCAAUUUAGUCUAAAAUUCGGAAUAAUUCUAACUGUUUGAAAGUGAGAGUCAAACAAAAUACACACAUAUUGAGAUUGAAAUUUCAUGUAUUAAUACUCUUUUGGGGCAUAAUUAAUACUCUUCAAGAUAAUUAAUAAUCCAAAAUUUUCUUCUACCGGUCUUUGUUUUUUAAAUAUAGUAUUGGAUAAAUAUUGACUAAUAUUUGAGAUUAUAUUUUUAAAUUUUGUUGACCUGGAGCUUGAUUUUGGGGGCCUUCUAUCACUUGGGGCCUUAGGCAAUGGCAUUAGUUGCUUCUACUGUUGAGCCGCCCCUGCUUGAACGGCCUUAACUUCUCAUCAAUAUUCACUCAAAGUUGUCGCAAAUUCUCUCACUUUUCUGAGCACGUACUCUGAGCUUAAAGUCGGAGAGAUAUCAAUGGAAUUGGAAGGCCUGGUUCGUUGCUCAACAAAUUACGUUCCUUUGACUCCCAUAAGCUUCUUGGAACGAGCAGCAAAGGCCUACAGAGACACAACCUCGGUUGUGAACGGUUCUGUGAAGUACACUUGGGGUGACAUGCAUGAACGAUGUCUGAAAAUAGCUUCUGCUCUGAACCAGUUGGGAAUUUCUCGUGGGGAUGUGGUUGCAACCCUGGCCCCUAAUGUCCCAGCAAUGCAUGAGCUGCAUUUUGCAGUUCCAAUGGCAGGAGCUCUCAUCUGUCCACUUAAUACACGCCAUGAUUCAGCAAUGUUAUCAGUCCUGCUAGAACAUUCAGAAGCCAAGAUCAUAUUUGUAGACUACCAAUUACUUGAUAUUGCUCAUGGAGCACUCAAGCUUCUAACAAAGACAAAAAGAAAGCCACCAAUUCUAGUCUUAAUAGCUGAAUCUGAUGGCCCAUUACCCACUGAUCACAUUUCCUCUGAAACUCACGAAUAUGAGAGUCUUCUGGCAGAAGGACACGAUGGAUUUGAGAUAAUACGACCAAAUAGUGAAUGGGAUCCUAUUUGUAUUAAUUACACUUCUGGCACAACAUCUAGACCAAAAGGAGUAGUGUAUUGUCACAGAGGUGCCUAUCUAAAUUCUCUAGCAAGUGUUCUUCUCCACGGGAUUGGCUCAUUGCCGGUUUACCUUUGGACUGUGCCUAUUUUUCACUGCAAUGGGUGGAACCUCACUUGGGGAUUGGCAGCUCAGGGUGGCACCAAUGUAUGCCUCAGAAAAGUUACUCCAAAGGCCAUAUUUGACAACAUUGCUCUGCAUAAUGUGACACACAUGGGAGGGGCACCAACUGUCCUGAACAUGAUUGUGAACUCGCCGAUCAGUGAUCGAAGGCCACUUCCCCACAAGGUGGAAGUAAUGACCGGGGGUGCACCCCCACCUCCACAAAUUCUUUCCAAAAUGGAAGAAUUGGGUUUUGGGAUAUCUCACUUGUAUGGCCUUACAGAAACAUAUGGUCCAGGAACUUCUUGCAUAUGGAAACCAGAGUGGGAUUCUCUACCUCUCAAUGAACGAUACAAAUUAAAAGCUCGACAAGGAGUUCAUCAUGUUGGAUUGGAGGAUGUUGAGGUAAAAGAUCCUGUCACAAUGGCAAGUGUACCAGCUGAUGGUAAAACUAUAGGGGAAAUAAUGUUUAGAGGUAACACAGUAAUGAGUGGAUACUUAAAAGAUUUGGAAGCAACAAAAGAAGCUUUCAAUGGUGGAUGGUUUCGAAGUGGGGAUUUAGCUGUGAAACAUCCUGAUAAUUAUAUCGAAGUAAAGGAUCGGUUGAAGGAUGUGAUAAUUUCUGGUGGGGAAAACAUAAGCACAGUUGAGGUGGAAACAGUUUUGUAUAGUCAUCCAGCAAUUCUUGAGGCUGCAGUGGUUGCACGACCAGAUAAUCAUUGGGGCCAAACUCCUUGUGCAUUUGUGAAGUUAAAAGAAGGAUAUGAUGGUGUUGGUGCUCAGGAAAUAAUCAAGUUUUGUCGAGAUCAUUUACCACAUUAUAUGACUCUUAAGACUGUCAUUUUUGAGGAUUUGCCAAAAACCUCAACGGGAAAGAUACAAAAGUUUAUUUUGAGAGAGAAAGCAAAGGCCAUGGGCAGCCUUUCUUGACCAAGAAGUUUGGCAAGUGUCAAAGCUUUUUAAUCUUCUCGGAAUGUAAUAUAUUUUCUUUCUUUGUUCUAUAAUAAAUCCAACAAAAUAUCUAAUUUAGUCACUAAAUGUAUGUUUGGUA